AUGAGGUUCGCCGAGUAUUUUGGUCGAGCAUUUGCUUCCGUAAAUGCAUCUCAGUUCCCAUGGAUGAAAACUCUCAAGGAGGCUUCUGUCGAGAAGAUGAUUGAUAUCCCUUUAUCACAUAUUUCUGAAGAUGUUUAUAGGACAUCAGCAGACUGGACCUGGCUCUCCAUCAAGGGAGUAUCAAGGGUUCAAAGAAGGUGGUUCACCAAGCACCUUCAAAAUCUCAGUUUGCCAUAUUUGUGUAAAAGAGGGUUCUAAAUAUCAAGGUCAAGAUAAGCUUCCAGUUCUAUUAUGGACUAUCACACAGGCCUGUCAAGGGGACCUGGUUGUGGGGCUUUUCAUGUGGGUGCAUUUGCUCUUGCAAUAGUCAGCAGUAAAUCAGGUGGUAAUCCUCAAUCCAGAGACCUUAUUUUGCAAUUGGUUGAGAGGUAAGGUGAGUUUGGUCAUCAAAUAUCUUUGGAUAUAUGGUUUGAUUACUUUUCUGUUUCGGGUUGAUUUGGAUGUCAAUCUUCAACUCAAUUAUAUGUUCGAUGCUGAACCACAGAGGCAAAAGAUGAGGAGCUUCGACAGGAGAGGCCUCUUCAAUGUUCAGGGGCAAAUCUGUCCAGUUUACCAAACAUUAAAGAUAGACCUAUAAAAAGAGCAUGUAUCAACUGUUGUGUUUAUACUUCUAACAGCAAAAAAUUACAAAACCGGUCCCGUCUAAUAGAAGAUUUAGAGAUUAUUCCAAAUAUUUAUAAAGGAAUGAUAUUGUUUCUGUUUGGUGUUGAUCUCAGAUUGACGUAUGGAAUCUUCAAAGUUGGUAGACCUGGUUAGAUUUCCUCUGCUCGAUAAUUGUUUUACGGUAGCACAAUAGAAUUUUAAGGAUGUCAUUAAAGAACACUGGUGCACACAGAAUAAAUUUGAAUGUCUCUUCAAAGCUGAUAAGGUAAAGAAGCUGUGUAGGUUUCAUGUAAGAACAACAACGAUUCAAAAUCGUCGAAUUAGAUCAUCCGAUGAAAUACGUAUAAGAAAUGGGGAAGAUGAAUCUCAAGAACGAAAGAAACAUAAAAUACACGCUCGAGAGAAAGAAAUAUUUUUUUUCCCUUCGUCCUGUUCCCAUUCCCAUUCCCGGCCCCGCUCCCCAUCACGUACCGAGACGGUACAUCGACUAUAAAAGAGCAUUCGACAUGACUAUGAAAGCACGUUAAAGCAUGUGCAACCUGAAAUUUAUAUGCUACAAGAUCACAAGGACGAACUGCAGGUUAGCAGAGGAAUUUGUAGAACCUAUUCUUAUUGGAAAUGGCAGUCUAGACUACUUGUAUCCUUUUGUUGUUUUUAUUUUAUUUAAUGGCCUUUUUUUCCUUAAGAGUAAAUUUAUUUUUGGACCAAAGACGCCUUCAUUUUUAUGUCCGUUUCUUGCAGGGCCAAAGAAACAAGAAAGAGAAGUUGGAGGGGUAAAAUUAGAGCUAAAAUUUAAGGUUAUUUCCGUUGGGUACUUCAGUUAGGCUGAUAUGAACAUCCCUCGUAGUAGUAAGCUGGACCAACAUCCUACCGAAAAAGGGCAGUCUUUAGAAGCAACAUGCUGGGAAACCAAGAGAACGCUAAAAAUUAUAAUAUGGUUACUUAUCUGCUAUAUUUUCAAAUAACGAAAAAAAAGCUACAGCUUAAAGCUUAGGAGCUAUACGUGGUGGGUCCCAUGGUGCCACAAUAUGGUUGCGUGUUAUCUCUGCUAGUGAACAACACCCACUCAAUGCCAUCGUGAGCUCAAGUUCAUCAUGCAGCAUUUGAAGAGUCUUCCUCACACCAGCCUCACCAUCUACAGCCAAUGAGAAAAUGACAGGUCGCCCAAUCUGAAAACCAUCAUAACAAACAUGUUAUAUAAGAUUUUGUGGCAGAGCAAAUCUGUAAGAGGACACAUUCAAGAAACAUGUUAACUCGCUCAUUGAAGCUAUAAAGAAAGAGGGGUAAAUUAGUAAUUUGAAGUCUAUGGUUUGACCUGUUCUUGAUAUCAGAUUCCCUUCGACCGAGUCUUGGAGUAUCAACAGUAAGGACAAUAGCCUUGAAACCAGCUUUUUCGGCUCUUUUUACCAGUUGUGUAACAACACUCCUGUCUUUGUACACCUAGUGAUAGGAGAAAUGUUUUGGGAACAAUUAGCUAUAAA